AUGUUCGAGAAAAAGUUCAACAUUGAAGUACAAACUUUACAGCCUUUACGUGAGUUUCUUGCACAACUGAAAGAAGAAGGUAGUCAGCCACAACUUAUAGACUUUCAUUAUGAAUUUAAUGAAAAUGAAGAUGGAACACAUGACUGUCAAUUCAUUGUAUUCUCACCAUUCAAUGAAGUCGCUAAAGAGAAAGAAAAUCCAUUACGUAUAAGAUUUCAAAUCUCUGAACCAAGUGAUGAUUUCAAGAAUGUUUUCAAUUAUGAUGCAAUGCUUCCGAGGAAAAAUGAAUUUUCAAAGAUUGUAACACCUGGCAUUUGGGAUAGAAAGCAAGCUAUUCUUUUCUCUAAUAUAGCCAAAGGCGUUGAAAAUGAGUUCAUUGGUCAUACAAGAACUUCACCACUUCCUAACCCUAAAUACUAUAAAUUAACUGGCUUCAAUCGUGAGUUUUGGAUAGACAUGUUCUCCACUCAUGACCAUAACUGCCCAGUGUUCUUACCUCCAGACCAUAAGGACUGUCUCUACAUUGAAGCACAACUCUUAAACUCUACCAUCGCAGUAUUGUAA